GGGGACAGACCAUAGACUUUACCCAAAAUAAUCGGUCUACCGUUGGUAUCGAGCGAUGGAGCCACAGAGCUGCAUUGCAGAAUUUAACCGGUCCGCCUAACCGUUCGAAUGAAGCUAAGGGUUCCUUGGUGCUAAUGUUACUAUGAGAUGGAACAUAUAUAGGAUGAAGCACUCCAACAUUGCCAAAGGAUCCAGGUCCAGCGACCAGCCCACUUCUGGCAGGAAAACACUGCACGUACCAGCCGUUGUGGAGUUUGACCUAUUGACUUCAUCGAAUAUCGCUCCUUCGUUCAUCUGGACCUACAACGAUAGAUCAUCAUGGCGAUUAACAAGUUCAGACCCAAGAUGGGCGCUGUUGCAAAAAAGGCUGCCGAUGUUGAGGUCGCUCAGGCUGAAGCUCCCCACCUGGCACGAGUUGACUGGAAGUCCGAUCCCGGGCUCAGGAAACUUUACCUUUGGGCUUUCAUCAUUUGCAUCGCUUCUGCGACGACAGGUUACGACGGUUCUAUGUUGAAUAAUUUGCGCAUUCUCAACCGUUGGACCACCUACUUUGAUGAUCCUAAGGAGUCUACGCUUGGUCUCCUCACAGCUCUCUAUUCGAUUGGCUCCAUUGCCUCACUUCCUUUUGCCCCUUUCGUUGCUGACAACUUCGGUCGCAAGUCCGCUAUCGCCCUUGGUUGCAUAAUCAUGAUCGUCGGCGCUGCUAUCCAGGCCGCUGCAAAGAAUCUGGACUACUUCAUGGGUGGACGAUUCCUGAUGGGGUUCGGAAACUCACUUGCCCAGCUAUCAUCUCCUCUGCUGCUUACCGAGCUCUGCCACCCUCAGCACCGUGCUCGUGUCACCGCCGUUUACAACUGUCUGUGGAACGUCGGCGCCAUCAUUUGUACUUGGUUGACGUUCGGUACCAAGCGCAUCGAAAGCGACUGGUGCUGGCGUAUACCUGCGCUUACCCAGGCGUUUCCCUCCGUCAUUCAAUUGGCUUUCAUCUGGUUCAUCCCUGAAUCUCCAAGAUGGCUGAUCUCUAAGGAGAGGAACGAGGAAGCCCUUGCUAUUCUCGGCAAGUACCAUGCCAACGGCGACAUCAACAACCCUACCGUCCAGUUCGAAUACGCAGAGAUCAAGGAGACUCUCCGUCUCGAAUUCAUGUACAAAAAGACAUCCUCCUAUCUUGACUUCUUCAAGACCCGCGGCAACAGGUACCGGCUCAUGCUCCUUGCAUCUCUCGGUCUUUUCUCGCAAUGGUCUGGAAACGGAUUGGUUUCUUACUACGCAACCGAUGUCUACAAGUCUAUCGGUAUCACUGACGGCGACACCCAACUUGGCCUGAACGGUGGUCUUACCAUUCUUUCGCUGAUCGUCUCCGUUUCCUGCGCUCUUCUCUGCGACAGAGUUGGUCGCCGUCCGCUCUUCAUUGCUGCUACCGCUUCCAUGUGUCUGACCUUCAUCAUUUGGACGAUUUGCUCUUCGCAGCAGGAGGCUAAGCAGAGCAAGGCUGCUGGUCAGGCUGUUAUUGCUAUGAUUUGGAUAUUCUCUGUGGCAUACGCCCUUGCUUGGUCUGGUUUGCUAGUCGCAUACACGGUUGAGAUCCUGCCUUUCAAGAUUCGCGCAAAGGGUCUCAUGAUCAUGAACUUGUUCAUUCAAGUUGCUCUGACUAUCAACCAAUACGUCAACCCUUACGGUUUCCAAUAUCUCCACCCUACCUGGAAGUUCUACACUAUCUACGCUGUCUGGAUCUUCCUCGAACUCCUCUUUGUCGUCUUCUUCUACGUCGAGACCAAGGGUCCCACUCUUGAGGAGAUUGCUAAGAUCUUUGAUGGCGAUGAGGCUGAGGUCGCAUUUGUUGACACCGACAAGGCCGGACAGACCGAAUACCUUGAGAAACAGGGCGAUGUUCAUGUAGAUCCCGCCAGGCACUAAGCCCUGUGCAGCAAUAAUUGUGGAUUGGCGAUGUUGACCGCGGCAUCAGAUAUUUCAGGUUUACAAACUUUCGCACACGCCCAAUUGCAAUGUGAUACUUCUCACGUAUUCCAAGCAGUGUUUCCACGCAGACCAGGAGAAGGGACGAUUCUCAGUUCAUUGAAAGGCCAAAAGACAAACAAGAAGCUUCAAGCGAAUAGCCCAAUGUAUUUGACAUAAACAGUUCAGAAUCGUCGAGGCC